UUCCCUGCGUGGACAACAGAAUUUCCCUCCGCAUGGCUGUAAUACCGGCGUGUGAGACUAGCCUAAUUCCGUAAGCGGCUCGCGACUAGUCGAGUGGCCAUGACGCGAUUCCACUCGUCCGGGACCAGUCGAGUGUCCAGAACUCUCCAGGCCAUCUUCAAGUCUCAUGUUACGAGCGGUCGCGUUCUCGUUCUGAUCAUCGUCCUCGUAGUCGCGUACUUAGCGUCCUUCCUGUUACUCCGGCCUGGUAGCCUUUUUCCCGGGAACUCCGCGAGCUAUCAUCCGUCCGCUUUCCCUCAGAGCGGGUGCGAAACUGCGCGGAACUGCCAUGGCUCGCUGAUGGACCGAUAUGUCUAUACCGCGGAUCCGGAGUUCAGGUGGGAAGACACGGGCAAUCGCAUGAGGGAGAAGGAGUCCGGAGGGUGGUGGACGGGGUAUUGGCUCAAGGUGACAACGCACGCAUGGCUCAACCGCACCGUCACCAACCGAUACAAGUGGUGGCACUGGCUCGCACUCAUUGCGCCUGACAACAUGCACAACGCGCACAAGGGCCUGGUGCUGUUCUUUGUGGGUGCGGGGCUUAAUCCAGUGAACCAGGUGCACAUCCCGGGGGCCGACGAGAUCUUCAUUCGCCUUGCUGCCCCCAUGGUGGUGGAGCUGGGCAUCCUAGGCGUGAUGCUGCAGCAGGUGCCCGUGAUGCCCAUCACCUUCCACGUGGGCCCGCCAGGGAUUGGCGCCCGUGCCAGGCUGGAGGAAGAGGAAAUCACAGCACACACCAUCGCCAUGUUUUUGGACCACCCGGACGAGUGGGAGUGGCUCACGCCUCUCCCCAUGGCCAAGUCCAUCAUCCGAGCGCUGGAUGCCUCGCAGCUGGCCGCCAGGGAGCUGCUGCCCCAUGUGCCGGUGGAGGGCUUUGUGGCAGUCGGAGUGAGCAAGCGCGCUGGCAUGUCCUACAUUGCAGCUGCUCUAGACAAGCGUGUAGUGGCGUUUAUGACAUACGGCUACGACCUGCUGAACGUGGUUCCCAACCUGCAGCACAUGCACGACUCGCUGGGCGGCUGGCCCAUACUGCUCAAGUUCAACUCCGAGUACAACAUCUCGCAGCGCCUGCACUCCAAGGAGUACCGGAAACUAGCGGAUAUGAUUGACCCAUACUCGUUCAUCGCCCGCAUGGACAUGCCCAAGCUCCUCAUCUCUGCCUCCAACGACGAGUUCUUCCUCAUCGACGACACCUACUACUUUCUCAAGGACAUGCCGCAGCCAACGCAGGUGAAGAUAGUGCCCAACCUGUACCACAUGGCCAUUCAGAACUCCUUUUGGGCCUACGACGCGUGCCUCUCCUUCUUCGCCUCUCUCCUAGAAGUCAACUCCUCCUGUGCCUCUCUCCCCGCCUCCUCCCGCCCCGCUCUCACGUGGACCCGCCCCAACAUCCCCUCCUCCUCCUCCUCCUCCUCCUCCUCCUCCUCCAAUUCCUCUUCGUCCACCUCAUCCUCAUCCCCAUCCUCUUUAAAGGCCGUUGCAGUCGAGGGUACUGGCCUGUUCGCACAAGAAGGAGCAGGAGAAGCCGGAGCCAGAGGUCCGGAAGGUGCCCAGCCUAAGCUGUUGCCUUGGAGCUGCUCGCCGAAGCUGCCAGCUGUGUCGUGGCCGAACCUGAGGUGGCGCUUUGAUUGGUCCACGUUCACCAUCCAUGCCACGUCAGAGCGCAAGCCAUUGGCUGUCAGGGCGUGGACUGCCCGCACGUUUAAGGGCAGCAAGCGAAGGGACUUCCGGAUGGUCAUCAAGCAAGGGCAGACCGGCUGUGUUGCGCCCUUUCAGAUGCCCCCUUCCACGUACGCUGGCAAGUUCGGCAUGCUGUGUGCACAGCCCAUCCCGUUCGUGACUGCUCCUGUGUCCAAGCCCAUGGCGGAGGAUGACGGGUUGUGGCAUUUCAAGGCCAUCAUGACUGAUAUACCCAAGGAUGGUGGGUACAGAGCAAUGUUCAUCGAAGCCGACUACAACCACCCUCCCUUCAAGAAGCCAUUCACCAUCACCACUGAGGCAAUGGUUGCCCCCAACAACCUGCCAUUUUCAGAGUGCACAAAACCGGAGUGUUACUUCAACUUUGUGUGAAACUGUAUGCAGUACAUACUAUGUACGAGUGUGUUGGCUGAAUGCCGUUUCUCAUUCUGCUGCUGGUGUUGUCUGCUCUGCAACUAUUGGUGUCCUUUUCUGUACACUUUGCCAAGGAUAUUCACAAGAGUGUAAGGAAAUGAGUAGUAGUACAAGCCUACACCGGGAAGGAACCCCCUCAA